AUGAGACCAUCAAUUGCGGCUCAACGGGCGUUACCUCUUCGAAGAAGGCUACCAUGUGGUACAUUGACGUUGAACGUCUACCGCUUCACGCAUACGCCUACACUGGCUGCAAAUAAUCAUUUGCGGCGAAUCUUCGACGACUAUUCUUACUUUUCGGGCUUUAACUCCAACUUUCCCAAGGCCGGUCUUUUCGGCAACAGCUACCUUAAAACACCUAAGGGACUUCUUGAAUUUUCGCUGGAUUCGCUUAAUAGAGCAAAGUUGUUGGUUAACGACUUAUUAGGCACGGCUCACACCGAGGAGGGCAAAUUGUCUUACAUCCGGCGACUUGAUCAGUUGUCAGAUGUUUUAUGCCGAGUUAUCGAUGUUGCUGAAUUCAUUCGCGUGGCUCAUCCGCAAAAGCAAUGGAUUGAUGCUGCUCAACAAACCCAUGAGGUAAUGUUCGAGUACAUGAAUCAGCUCAAUACUAAUGUGGAAUUGUACACUCACUUACGCGAUAUUUUAGCUGAUCCAGAGGUAUGCGAUCAACUCACUGAAGAAGAGAUUCAAGUAGGGGAGUACCUUAAGCAAGACUUCGAGCGGCUGGGUAUUCAUAUGGACCCGGAAACUCGCGAGAACUUCGUCACGAUUACCCAGCAGAUCCUGGUCUUGGGGUCCAUGUUCAAUUCCAAUGUUGGUGAGCUUGCUGAGUAUUCCAUUCAGGUGCCUCUUUUCGAAGUCAAGCAAUUGGAGCCUCUGCUUGAGCAAGAUAUAAUGGCAUACCAACUGCGAUUUGCUUCUAAACCAUCUCAAGGUCACGUCCAUAUCCCACUUGUGGGGAACAUUCCUUACCGCAUUCUCAGCAUGUGUCCUCUGGAAGGGUUACGGAAGCGUGUUUGGAUUGCCCUUCACAACUCGAAACCUGACCAAAUUAAAACCCUUAAUCUGAUCAUACAAUAUCGUGCUUACUUGGCACACAUGUUGGGUUUCCCAUCAUUUGCUGCAUAUCAACUAGAGCAUAAAAUGGCUCGUCUGCCAGAGAAUGUCAUGACGUUUCUUCGAAACCUUCAGCUGAAACUUGUUGGUUCGCUGGUGGGAAACAACUCACAAUUGGGUGGUGUCAUGCAUGAACUACGAAACCUAUACUCUCAUAAAGAAGGCUCGCGAGUUUUGGCAUCCAACGGUGAGGUAAUGGAUUCAGUCAAACCCUGGGAUCGCGAUUAUUUGGUACGGCAGCAACAAAAUCAACCGGAAGAGCCUCUCCCCUCAAUUUCUCCCUAUCUCUCCGUGGGAACUGUGAUUAGUGGCUUGUCGCGGCUAUUUGAACUGAUUUACAACGUCGAAUUCAUCCCCGUUCCCACGAAUCGUGGGGAGACUUGGGAUCUGCAAGUUCGAAAAAUUGCUGUAUAUGAUCGCGCUUCUCAGAAAACCAUCGGUUACUUGUAUCUUGAUUUUUGGCUGCAAAAGGUUUUACCUUCGCAUUUCACUAUAGUUUGUCUGAGAAAACUAAAUGCUGAUCUUGACGAUGACGUUAGUGGUCAAGUUUUCACAGAUGACUCGCAAAAUUACCAACUUCCGGUCAUUCUGUUGGUGUGUAAUUUUGCAAGUUCCCCUAAGGCGGUGACAUUGCUUACACUUGAUCAAGUCGAUACGAUUUUUCACGAGAUGGGUCAUGCAAUGCAUCUGAUGAUUGGGAGAACUGAUCUCCAUAACUUGAGUGGUACACGCUGCUCAACUGACUUUGUAGAGUUGCCUUCCGUUUUGAUGGAACUGUUUGCCAGGGAUCCGCGUGUUUUAUGCACUAUUGCUAGACAUUAUCAAACCGAUGAGCCUCUUCCUGCCGAGUUGUUGGAAAAGCAACAAAACGAUAAGGUUAUCUUGAACAACUGUGAAGAGUUCAUGCAACUGAAAAUGGCCAUGUUAGACCAGCUACUCCAUGAUGGUGAUGUUAUUAAAAACCUCGAGAACUUCGAUUCAACUCCAAUAUAUCAUGAGCUUGAGCGUCGCUUGCGCAUAUUUGCUGAUGUUGAAUCCACUUGGCAUGGAAAGUUUCCUCAUCUAUUCAGCUAUGGCUCUGUGUAUUACUCCUACCUAUUAGAUCGAGCUAUUGCAGAUCGUGUGUGGAAGGAAUUGUUCGCAGAUGAUCCUUGGAGCCGUGAGGCAGGUGAGCGCUAUAAAAAUUCAAUCUUAAAGUGGGGAGGCACACGCGAUCCUUGGAAAUGCUUAGCCGAUGCUCUUGAUGAUCCUGAAUUAGUUGCAGGUGAUUCUCACGCCAUGGAGAAAAUCGUUGCGCAUUAA